AAGUGGACUUGAGUGGUUCUUCUCAAAAGACUUCAUAACAAGGUUUAAUCGCACAGACAGUAAUAACACAGUGGAAGUGAAACAUCAGUUAGCUAGAUUUUAUAAGAGAUAGUAUAUUAUACUUCAAUGGUUCCCUAACAAAAUGAAACAGAAAGCUCAUGAAAUAAUUCUCUUAUGUGUAAUAAUGUGUGCUAAUGUUUGGACAGUUUGUAGUGUGGAGGAUGAAGAUAGUUAUGGUGAGAUAAUGGGUAAUGUCGAAGAAGGAACUAAGGGAUAUGAGUUCCAACUUGACACAGGGGCCAGGAAGGAUGACCGUCCUGACAGUGAAUUGACAUAUUUGGAACUCCUUGACAGAAACAUUUCAAGGAUAUUAAUGGACCCACAAAAGGGGCAAGGCCCAUUAUUGAUGAAAUUCAUUAAAAAAUUUGCAGAAGAAGCACUUCAGCUGCGAGAUAUGUUACUGAAUAAGACAACAAAGGUGAACAAUUCUCUGGUAGAAUCAGCUAUCAAGGUGUAUCAACGCUAUGGUCACCCGAGGUUCAUGACUGUGAUCGUCACAAAUGGUGGGGAGCACUUGCAAAACACUCUGGACUUAUCUGAUGACUCAAUGUGGGAUUUUUAUGGGUACAGACAAAAAGCAAAUGAGUUCUGGGAUGACAUAAGGGCAGUAUUGGUGCAGAAACAUAGAAGUGAUAAAAUUGAAGCAGAAAGAUUUAGAAAUCUUCCGUGGCCAAAGCAUUUGGAUAACUUGACUGAUUUUGAAAAGGCCGUUUUGGAAAAGAGUGAUUUAGAUUCAGACUUGGACUUAGCAAAUGUACUAAAUGUUAAGUCAACUCUAUUUUGACUGUCUUUGCAUAUUAUAGAAACCCGUAAGGUUAUAUUUUACAAGAAAUAAUUUACAUUUUUUACUAUUAUUACCGUACUUUGCACUUUACUGUGUUUAGGUCUUCGUCCUCUAUAAUAUGAAUAACAUUUAAACGAUUCAAUCACUUUUUUUACUGAGAAAGACUAAUAAUGACACCAAUUUGAAUCAAUUUUAUAAAAUUACCUCAUUGUGGUUUAUUACGUUUUUUAUUCUAUAUAUAAAAAAGAAAGGAAAAAAUUGUCAUGAUUAAUUAAAACUAUGUUAAUUAAUUUUUAAUGGAAAAAUGUCAUAAUAUGAGUUGAAGAUCAUUGAGAUAUUUAAUUUCCAAUUAAAAAUUUCAUAAAUUUCCUUGACAUUAUUUGUUAAAUGAAACACAUGCAAAUCCAAGAAUAUUUAUAGUGUAUCAUUGUUUUAUUCCUUUUUAUACUUUAUCGUUAAACAUCAAAGCAUGUGAAUACUGUACACUUAGAAUCAUUUUGAAGAAAUAAAACCAAUAAGUUUGGUUUUUUGUAAUUUCAUUAAUUUCCAUAAGUGUGUAAUUUAAAAAAUACUUUUUUGUUUUUUUUAAAUUUAAAAUAAGGAAUAUAAUAAGUGGAAGAUUAAAAUAUUACAUAAUCAUUACGAGAAAAAAUUAUUAAGAACUGUUUAAGACACCUUUAUAAUUGGCUAUCAUAAUGUAGAUUUGUUUUAUACUUAAUCUAUUUGAUUCAAGGUCAAUGGACUCAUCACAUGUGUCAAUAUCUGUCAAAUAAUAGUUAAUUAACUAGAAACUCUAAUACUUACUCUGAAAUGAGUCAUCCUAAAUACAUACAAAGAAAUAUCACAUUAAUGGUUUUGUAACUAUUUAACUUUGAAUCAUUUAAAUGAGAUGUUGUAAAAGAAGAAUUCAGUAUAUAAUAUUCACUAAAUAUUAUGUUAAAACAACAUGUUAUUAUAAUUACUGUUAGUUUAAUUCUGACUUUAUAUAAAAACGGUUGUGUGUGUCACUUUACUUUUAUACCUGUUCGUAAUAGUGAAAUGAGUCAAGCGAAUGCUUCCGAGAAGUCAACAUCCGAGGAGUCUUCAGAGAAACUUUCAUUCUUUGAAAUGCUGGACGACACCAUAUACCAGUCGUUGAGUAACCCGAAACCAGGGUGUUCAGACAAACUGUUCACAGACAUAGAUAUGUUCCACAACUGUUUGGAGAGAGUGAAGAGGAUGUACUUGGACAUGGAAGGGGAGAAGAUUGAGAGCCUGAGGAGUUCCGUUGUCAAACUGUACGCUACCAGAGGCGGCCCGACAUUCACACGCUUCCCAAUAGACAAACCUGAGAACAAAAAAAGGUUAAUUGAUGCCUUUAAAUGGAAUGAUGACAACUUCACAAAACUAUUUGAGCUGCAAGAAAAAUUAGAAAAUGUUUGGUACGCUGUGAGGCACAUUGUUAUAUAACUAGUUAUUACUUAACUACUUGCGUUUACCGAACACAUCAAUAAUUGGAACAAUACUGUGCACGUCAAUGUUUUGGUAGUUUGUGCUCAAUAACAACAUAUAUUCCCCGGCGAGGUAGAUAUGUUUCAACUGUGAUUAUUCCUGAAAAUUAACUGAAAAAAUGGUUCAGAAUUUUGAAUUUAUGGUGCUGAAUAUAACAGCUGCAGUAAAUGAAGAAACCUUAUUGCUUUAUAUGUCCAAAGGAGGGCCAAUAUUUACUCGCUUUCCUAUAAAUAACCCUGAAAAUAGAAGAAAGCUAAUCGAUGCUUAUAGCUGGACUGAUCAAGAUUUUGAAAUAUUCAAACUUCGCCAAAAACAAAUUGAAAACACAUGGUAUAGAGUACAAAUGAAUAUACUUGAUAUGAAUCAGCUACCCAGAGUAAGAGGAAGGAAGGAUGCAAAGUUACCGUCAUCUACUCAGUCUGUUUGAGACAUACUGAUUGAAAUGAAAAUAUCAAACUCCCAUUUAAACACGAAGUGAGUAACAGUUUUCAAUUUAUAUUUCAUUUUUCACAACACAUUGAUUUGUUUAAUUUUGAAAAUUGGUUUGAACAGAAGCUCAGUGUAUAAAGUAAUGUUUUUAGUAACAGUUUAUUUAGGCUUAUGAAUAUUCCUAUGGAUAAUUCUGAAAUUUUUUAAAAGUAUUUCACGCUGUGUACAGUUAAAAGUAAAAUUAUUAUGUAAUGUAAAAUAUAAGCGUGUUAGUAAUUCGAUUUGUAAGAGUGUUAAAUAAAGUUUAUUGAGUGAGUA